AGCGCUCGCCAAUGAGCUUCUGAUCACAGUGCGUCGAAGAGGAUGCGCUCCCCUGCACCCGAGGCGCAGCAGGCGCGUGGCCGCGAUGCAAGGACAGACAAGGCUGCCGUCAUCGUGGCGGAAGGCGAUGAUGACGAGACGUUGGAAAGACAUCGUCAACGCAAUCUUGCACAAGCGGCCGCAGCCCCGUUGACGACUACACGCCUCCCGGAAAAGGAAGUCGUGCCAGAGCGACGCGCAAUCGAGGGUGAGGCGGCAGGUGCUGUGGGCGGGACUGCCACAGCGAACUUGGCCCCCGUGGCGACGGCGAGAGAGGAGGCAGCAGCUGCGGCGACGGCGAGAGAGGACGCGCGUGGCGAGAAGACAACCGAUCGGGAGGGCGGCGAUGUUGGUCCGAGCCGGGUGCGCAAGGAAAUCAUGAGCAGAGAGUUCAUCGACCGCGCCGUGCUCUGGGUAGAUGACAAAGCGUUCUGGACGAUGGGGGAGGGGCGGAGAUUGUAGAACAUCAUCCACGAAACGCGGGAAUACUUCGUCGCCAUCGCCAGUGGCCUUCCAGCGA